GCUGUUUCAGCAAACUCCAAGCAAAACAAAGGUUAAAAAAAUCAAACUGUGCAGUCUGCUUUCCUGUGUCACUGGUAGGAUUCUGGACAGGAUCCCAACGCUGAUGUUGUGUAAUAAAUCAGGCAUGCACUCGCAGUGUAGUAACACUUUGUGGGCUCUGGAAUUUGUGGUCAGUUCUUUGUUAGUACUGAGAUCCGUCCGACGCAACUUUCAUUUCGGCAAGCACAACGUGUUUACUAUUAAGAUAGCUUCUUUUCUGCCUUCUCGAGCAGAGUUUUGUCCAAGCGAUCCCCGACGUCCGUGACUUGCAUCAGGAGGAUGUGUCUGCCUAAUCCGACCGUUUGUGAACUCGUUAGCAGAUCGUUUCUUGUGCACGUGAGUUAAGGACAGCUCAUGAACGGGGUUCGCCUAGCGUUGCUGAUGCACCCGGGUCCAACUUCACGCAAGGGCGGCGAUCAUUGGUUCUAGUGAUGUAAAAUUCUGAAAUCGACGGCGGGUUUUUUAACGUGCAAGAGCCCUUCUCCAGCCAGCAAACAGGACUGUGAACUCGCCAGCCCCCGGACGCGUCAGUUAACCAGAUGUGUGCAACGGGGACCGCUACAUGAGGAUGUCGAGGGAGGAGAUGGAACGCCUGCUGCGAGAGAGAGGCCUGCUUCCGGAGCAGGGGAGUGGCUCCGAAGAGCCGGAGCAGAGGGCGAAAGAGGGCUGUCCCCCGGCUGCUGCUGCCGCCGCCGCUCCCCCCUCCUCCGACGCCCCCCGCUACGCCUCGCAGUGCCAGUGGGCGCCCCCGGCGGACAUGGACCCCCGGACCCUGACCUUCGCCAGCGGCGCUGCGCUGCAGCUGCACGCCGUGCCCCCCGGCGUCCUCCGCAAGGUGGAGCUCUUCUACGUCUGCACCAGCUGCGGCAAGGUCUUCUGGGAGGGCUCCCACUUCGGGAGGGUGCUGUCCCAGUUGCAGGAGGUGCUGCACAUCGAGGAGGGCGAGUCCCUCUACCAGGACUUGACCGACUGACCGCAGGCCCCCCCCCCCAGGGGCCUCAACGCCCCCGAUUGUCUUGGCAUCCUCGUCUGCAAGCCCGAAAGCAAGGGUUUCGAUUGGUCAGCCUGUUUCGGCGCUACAGGGCGUCCCAGAAGCCACUGCAGCAACAGACUUCAACAAUAAGUCACCAGUACUGUCCCAGUCCACACCUUCUGCCUGUCGUCUGUACCCCUGUAGGAUCUGCACACCUUGCUUCUGCUUUGCAACACAACGCUUUUCUCAUGUUGCAGAUUGACAAUAAUUUCCCCCCCCCCCUUUUUUUUUUUGUUUACUCCCGACAAGGAGUGCUCACGGCAGAGCCGGGAUAAUCCCGAGGCCCCGGGAGGGUAGGGGAUAGGGAGGCGGGAAAGACCCAGUGCGCGCCAGUGCACUCAGAGGAGUUCUCCGCAGAAGGAGAACGAGUGGUUUGUUUUAGCGAGUUUCCCCCCCCCGAGUCUUGGCUCGUAGGGCUCUUGGGUAAAAGCUCGGAUUGUUUUAAAACCCGUCAGCCUGUUUUUAUGACAGCGGGACCUUCUGUUGUUCUCCCCCCCCCCCCCCCCCCCCCCAAAAAAAAAUGAUCCCGUCUCUGCUAGACUUCUUUUAAAGCUUCGCGAUGGAGAUGCAGAUUUGAGUUCUUUCGUCUUCCGACGCCUCAAAUAAUCGGCGAGUCCAAGCGGGAACAACGUGUUUUAAUUUUGUUUUUGUAUUCGGAUGGGUUUGCUCUGGCAAGGAAAAUGCUUCUCUUCUCCCGCAGGGGUGUCGCAUUUUCCGGCCCGAGGCUGGGGACUUGUUUUACCGUGUCUGUGUCGCCUCAGUAAGCGAUAACUCGCCUAAUAAAUACACCACUUUUUCAGAA